UUAGUAAAACUGUAUCAUGAGGGGAUUUGUCUGUUCGAGGCGAUAUUCGCAAUGCUUUUGAUUAUCCUAAAUUAUAUUUACUUUUUUCAGAUACUUUCCUUUACUAUUAAUAUGAGCGAAGUAUUACAAAAGACUAAUUAUAUCUUUGGAUCUAUGUUCGUAAUAUACAUUUAUCAUUACCUUGGACAAAAAUUGAUAGAUCAUCACACCGAAAUAUAUAUAAAAUUGUGCCAAAUUCCAUUUUAUACGUUAUCUUUGAAAACGCAAAAACUUUUACUAUUUAUGAUAAUGAAAAGCAUGAUGCCAUGCAAUCUUUCUGUUAAAGGAGUGAUCGUAUUAUCCCAUUAUCUUUUUGGCACGGUAAAAUAA